GACGGGGGGCGGGGCUCCCGGGGGGGCGGGGGCGGGGGCGGUGGUGCCCACUGCAGUGCGGGCCCGGGAGCGCCCCCCCAACACACCCCCCGGCUCGGCCGCGCGCGCACGGGCACCGGGUGGGCAGAGAGCACAUCCGCGCCUGCCGCCCAGUGGCGAUGGCCUCUGCCCUCGGCUGCAAAAUGCAGGCGCCCGGGGCUUGCCGGGGCUCCGGGAUGGACUGCGACCCCGAGAUGCACGUGAAAAUGUGCAAGAAGAUCGCCCAGCUCACCAAGGUGAUAUAUGCCCUGAACACCCGCCAGGACGAGGCGGAGGCCAGCAUGGAGGCUAUGCAGGAAGCCCACCAGGAAGAGCUGCGGGGCGCGGUGGCCCAGGCCCAGGCCCAGGCCCAGGACUGGCUCCUGCAGGAGCGUGGCGGCUCCCAGGAGGAGGAGGCGGCGGCUCUGCGGGAGCGCAUCCGGGCCCUGGAGGACGCCCUGGAGCUGCAGAAGAGGCUGACCCAGGAGGCGCUGGCCCAGUCGGCCACCUGCAGGCUGGAGACCAAGGAGCGGGAGCUGAAGGUGGAGGCCGAGCAUGCCGAGCGGGUGCUGAGCCUGUCCAAGGAGAUGCUGGAGCUCAAGGCCGACUACGAGAAGCGGCUGCGCCACCUGACGGGCCCCGAGGCGCCCCCGUGGGUCCCCCGAGGACUGGCCCAGGAUGGUCCGGAGCCUCCCCCCGCGGAGCCCGGCCAGGGCGGCCCCGAGAUGCGGGAGGUGCUGCUGGAGGUGGAGCGCCUGCGGGCCGAGAACCAGCAGCUGAGCACCGACUAUGCGCGCAAGGCCCAGGAGCUGCAGGCCACCUACGAGCGUGAGAACGAGGCGGUGCGCUGCGCCAUGCAGCAGUCGGUGAGCCAGGCGCUGUGGCAGUGGCAGGAGAAGGAGAGCGACCUGCGCAAGAAUUUCCAGGCCCAGGAGUCCGCCCUGCAGGCCCAGGUCAGGAGGCUGGAGGGCGACUUGGAGCACAGGGGCCGCAAGAUCAGCGACCUGAAGAAGUACGCCCAGAAGCUCAAGGACAGGAUCCAGGACCUGGAUGUGCAGCUCAAGGAGGCUCGGCAGGAGAACUUGGAGCUGAAAAACACUGCCAAAAAGCUUGGAGAGAAGCUGGCCAUUGCUAAGGACAGACUGGUGCUGCAGGAGUGUCAUGUGCCCCAGAAAGACGAUGACGUGAAGACGGAGCUGGCCUUGGAAAACCAAGUCCUGGGAGAAGCAAACAGUUUGGAAGGCUAUGUUCUCCACCCUCAGCAGGAGCAGACGUCUCCCCAGGAGUGUCCUCCCAGGAAGCAAAGCUCAGAAACACAGGCUGAGAAAGAGGCCAGUGUUGAGACAGAAUAUACCAGGCUACACUACGAAGAAGACCUGCGGAGACUCAAACUGCAGACGGAAGAGGAGAAGAAGCACCUCAAAGACCGGCUGGUGAAGCGUGUGGAAGACCUGGCAAGGAAGCACAGUGUGGAGAUGAAGUCCACUCGCUCUGCCAUGGAAGCCGAGAGGAAGAAGCUACAGAAGGAGGUGGAUGCAAAGCUGGAGGAAGUAAAGAAGAAGUCAGAAGAGGAAGUUAAGCAGCUGGCAGAUGAGAAGGCAGCCCUCGCUGUGAAGCUGCAGAAUUCUCUGCUCCAGGUUUCAAGGCUGGAAGAACUCAUCCAGAAAAAUAAGAUUUCUCCCCAGAGCGUGGAGGAAAGACCCCAGGCCAUGGUCUGUUCUCACUGCAGCAUUUCUGAUCCUCAGGAUCCAUGCUUGGAGCUGGAUGAACCCUCUGAGACUCUCUCCAGAGGUGGAGAUGACCAAGAACAGUCGGCAGCUGACGAGGAGACCAGUGGUGAUGAAGAAGAAAGGAUACCAGCGUCCUUGGCCAAGGGAGGUGACCUGCCACCAGCACUGGCUUCUCUGCUGAAGGAGAAGGCCCCCGACAUCCAGCGACUGCAGGAGGAAUGGCAGAGUCAGAAGGCCAGACUGCAGGCCCAGGUGUCCCAGAUGCAGGAGGCCCUGGAGCAGUGCGCCCAGGACUACAGAGAAGACCUGCAGGAGCUCAAGCGACUCUCGGACCACGAGCGGGAGAGGCUGCAGGGAGAGCUGCAGGAGACCGUUCAGCAGAGCCAGGCCGUGAAAGCGCAACUCGAGGCCGCCCACCAGCAAGCCCUCCGAGCCCUGGAGAAGGCCAAGAACAGAGAGCUGCAGGCCACCGAGGAGCGCCUGAAGAAGGAGUCCAGCCAGGGCCUCCAGCUGCAGCACCAGGCACACCAGCUGCAGCUACAGGCCUUGGAGGAAAAGGCCCGCCAGGAGCUACAGGGAGAGAGGGAGAGGAUGCUGGCACAGCAGGCCCUGCUGCUGGAGUCCCUCCGGCAGGAACUGUCUGAGCAGCGGGCUGCCUGCUCAGAGCAUCAGAAGGGCUUGGAGGCACUGCAAGCUGAGCUGAGGGCUCUGGGCAGCGAGGGCAGGCGACCAGGCGACGCCCAGGGGCUAGAAGACAGUGAGGACCACGCACAGGCCGGGGGCGACGGGGAGCAGGGUGCCCCCGAGGAGGGCGCCCCCCGGGAGGAGGACACACAGCGGCUGGACGCGGUGAGGAGCCUGCGCGCAGCGCUGCAGGAGCACCGGCAGGAGGCGCUGCAGCUGCGCGACCAGCUCAGGCUGCUGGAGGAGGACCAGCAGGCCCAGAGGACCUGGAAGGUCGAGCUCCUGCGGCAGAAGCACCGGGAGGAGAUGCAGGCCCUGGCGGCAGACUUCAGCAGCGCCCAAGCCCAGCUGCAGGCCCGCCUGGCCGCCCUGGAGGCCGAACUGAAGGAGUGUGGCGAGAAGGCGGGCAAGGGCGCCUCCCCGCGGUCGGAGGACACGCAGCUCAUAGGCCGCCUGCAGACCCGCUUGAAGGAGCAAGAAGACAUCAUCCGGCAGCUCACGGAGGAGAGAAGAUUUCACUAUGCAGCAUUCCCCAGCGCCAUGUCCCACCGGAAUCGUUCCUUUUCUUUCAAUCGUCACCCAGGGUAUUUGACCCCUUCCAUGAAGAAAAAGAGGGUGGAGGAAGUGCCUAGCAGAGUGGUCAGCGUGCCCAACCUCGCUUCGUACGCAAAGAACUUUCUAAGUGGAGACCUGAGCUCCAGGAUCAACGCCCCUCCCAUCACCAAGUCGCCCAGCUUGGACCCUAGCCCCGGUGGUGGCCGACCUUACAAGCCCACCCAGCCUCUCGAUGUGAAAACAGCCACCAGGACACAAGAAGGCGAGGCUGGCCAACCCAAAGAAGCCCAGCAGAAGCAGGGCUCUGCCCACCAGGAGUGGUUCACCAAGUAUUUUUCCUUCUAAGCUCGUCUUUGGACCACUUCACAAAGAAGACAUUUGGAAAGCGUUUUUUUUUUUUUUUUUUGAAAAAUGCAUCUGAUCAAAGGGAUGAACUCAAAAGAACAGCCAACCCAGUAACUUGCUGGCCAUAGGAUUUCUGAAUGCUAGCCAAAACAAAUUUUGGCAUUAGCCUUUAUAUUGUCUCAUUGUGACACUGGUACCUUCAAAAGGUCUUGCAUUGAGAUGAAGCAAAGCACUUAUCAGAACCCAUCCCCGGGGAAGGCCAUGAAUGCUACUGUGACUCAAGCAUUAUGUCCUGUCCAGAGGAUUGUGUCCCAUCUGACUGAUUGCCAUGGUCUGCUUUCAUGUUCCUUAGGCAUCACAGCUUGAAAAAUGGUUUCCGUAUAAAUGAGACAUUUCCAAAAUGCACAUCGAACCUCAAGGGGAAGAUUAAAAAGUAAAGCUCAGAAAUUACCAGCAAGGCCAAUUUCAAAUCCCAAACCAAACCAAAACUUACUAGGACUGCACUGCAGCACACCUUCACACACCUAGGCUGAGUGAUUCGACUCCUUGAGGUCAGGACUCAAACCCAGGAGAGGGAAAAGAACACCUACCUCAUUGGGGAGCUGGGCGGAGACUAAGCAAAGGAACGUGGAGCGUGAGCCCAUGCUGAAAUCUAGCAACGCCAGGAUGUUCUUGGGAAUAACAGUCUCUUCUGUUGUACAUCUCAGUGUCAGUGACUGUAGUAGUGUCAACCAGCCAUUCGUACAGGCUUCUAAGCCACGUGUUCUUUAAAGGUAGGUAUCUGCUGAACCUCUGGUCUUGGGGUUGAGCUGUUUGUUGAUGUGUUGCUUCUGCUGCAUGGACACUCAGUAGAAUAAGGAACCAGAAAUGACUGCUCAUGGUGCUCCCCUGUGCACGGUCCACAACCAGCUCUCUGACACUCAGAGAGAGCGAGCCAGGGGGCUUGGCCAGACUCGCUACAACUUUUCAUGAGCAAAAUAUGUUCUCAGUCCUUUGGUGCUGGCCCAGCCAGAGGCCCAAAGUUAAUUCUAUGCACUGUCAAAUCUUGGAAUAAAACCUGAAGUGGC